AAACCCCAUAACUUAUUAGCAAGAUGGCAAGUGGGCAGCUAUAAAUAAACAGCCUGCCAAUAACGAAGAUAACCGAAAGUGAAAAGGCAGAGUCUGAUAGCGGAGAGCCCAACCCCAACACCGAUCAUCUCUUCCGAACGACUGACUCAGUCCCAGGAGGAGUCACCCCUCUCCUCUCAAAGCCAUACACAUCAGGCUCUCGAGUUCCCGAAGGAGGCAGAAGCACAUGGGCCACUUCAUCCUUGACGCGCUCAAUGUCCGCGUGGAAGGCUCCGGCGACCAAAUCCUCGUCCUGGCUCACGGCAUCGGCACCGACCAAUCCGCCUGGCAGCGUAUUCUCCCUUACUUUACUCGCCGCUACACCGUCAUUCUCUAUGACCUCGUCUGUGCCGGCAGCGUCAAUCCCGAUUACUUUGAUUUCCACCGAUAUACCACUCUCGACGCCUACGUCGACGACUUGCUCGGCAUUCUCGACGCCCUCCGAGUUCAACGCUGUGCUUACGUCGGUCACUCUAUGUCCGCCAUGAUUGGAAUCUUAGCCGCCAUUCGCCGACCCAACCUCUUCAGUAAGCUCGUCCUCAUCGGCGCUUCUCCCAGAUUUUUGAACGACGUGGACUAUCACGGAGGAUUCGAGCAGGAUGAAAUUGAGCAAGUGUUCUUGGCUAUGGAAGCCAACUACGAAGCGUGGGUCAACGGAUUUGCUCCAUUAUCUGUCGGAGCAGACGCUCCGGAGGCGGUCCGAGAAUUCACCAGGACUUUGUUCAACAUGAGGCCCGAUAUAUCACUGUUCGUGUCGCGAACCGUGUUUAACAGCGAUUUGAGAGGAAUUCUAGGGUUGGUGAAAGUACCUUGCUGUAUUAUGCAGACGACUAAAGACCUCUCGGUGCCGUCAUCAGUGGCAAAUUACAUGAAGGAACAGCUGGGUGAUCGGAGCACGGUGCGGUGGUUGGAGACGGAGGGACACCUUCCUCAUUUGAGUGCUCCCACCUACUUCGCUCGACAGCUCGAGAUAGCCCUCGCGCAGUAGCGCGUGGACAUGGAGGCGCGUGUUCUUAGUCUUUGCUUUUUCGUAGCAUAGGUACUGGCCCGGAAGCUAGAGGUCCAGGAAGAAGUGGUAAAACGAGCUCCAAGGCGGGACACCUGGCGAAUAAUAUGUGGGCUUUGAUACGAAGAUGUGGGAUAAGGAUCGACGCGUGAUCCUCACAUGAUAUAAAGUCCUCAGGAAUUUACUGCAUUUUCCAUUUUCUUUCUGGGCUUUCUUCCUUCCUUUUUAGUAAAAUUAAAAUUAGCUUUUAGUGUGUCAUUGUGGUUUAUGGCAGGUAGCAUCUCUCAUGGGUUUAUCUGAAUGAGGGGGGACAACUGAAAGGCAGAGGAAAUGAUUUUAAUUUGUGUGACAUGACUCUCGUACGGCAAUCUCAGUGUUUCUUUGUCCUCUCUUUGCCCCCUCAUAGAUUGUGCUUCCACUCAUCAAACUCUAGCGCCAGCAAUGUUUUGGCUUUUGCCACUUCAUUAGAUGGUGUUAACUAUUUUAGGUUUUGCCCUUUUCCUGACAUAAUAUUUUUUACUGUGUUAGUUUUCAUAUCAUACUGUGAAUUAAUCUAAUUUCCCGCCGGUCUAA